AUGGCCGACACAAAGAUCGAAACGAAACUGUUCUGGGAGGAGCUUGCGGCAACAAAGCGUCAGACUCUCGCGUCGUCUAUCCCAGAAGAAUGGGCGAUCCCUCCACACAUGCUCCCCGCAGAAUCUGUGCUCGAUGUGGCAACUUGGCCGGCCACCUCUGGCUGGUUUACUCCUGAUGAGCUCGCCAUCACUUCCCGUUCUGCCGGGGACCUUCUAUCGAUGCUCGCGUCUGGACAGCUAACGUCCGAAGCUGUGACAAGAGCGUUCUGCAAACGAGCCGCUGCCGCCCACCAACUAACAAACUGCCUAUCCGAGACCUGCUUUGACCGCGCAAUCGCAUCGGCCAAAGCUCGAGAUGACGCUUUGGCGCAAACAGGAAAGCCCAUCGGCCCUCUACACGGACUACCUAUCUCCUUAAAGGACAGCUUCAAUCUCCGCGGCGUGGACUCUGUUGUCGGAAUCAGUGCGUAUAUCGGUGACCCGGCCCAGUCAGACGCCACACUUGUGCAACUCCUCGAGAAGGCAGGAGCCGUGUUUUAUGUCAAAACCAGCGUUCCAACAGCCAUGCUUAUCGGCGAGACGGUCAACAACGUGCUUGGCCGGACAGUGAACCCAUUGAACCGCAAGACCACCAGUGGAGGAAGCUCAGGUGGUGAAUCCUCCCUCAUCGCCAUGAAAGGCAGCCCGCUUGGAAUUGGAACAGAUAUAGCCGGAUCCCUCCGCAUGCCCGCAGCCUGCACAGGGCUCUUCACACUCCGCCCCUCAUUCGGGCGAUUCCCCAGCCGUAACUGCCGCUCCAGUUUACCGGGCCAAGAAGCCCUGCUCGCCGUCAACGGACCCAUCGCAAGCACGCUCGCAGACGUGGAACUAUACAGCAAGAUCGUCGUCGACGCGCAGCCAUGGCUCCAAGACCCGAAAUGCCUCCCUAUCCCCUGGCGCCCAGUCGAAGUCCCUGCCAAGCUCCGCAUCGCCGUGAUGUGGCACGACGGCCAUGUCCGUCCUACACCCCCCGUCACCCGAGCCCUCCGCGAAAUAACCAGCAAACUCAAACUCGCCGGCCACGAAGUCAUCGACUGGGACACUGUCGAGCAAAAGCAUGGACUGAGCCUGCUAAUGCGCAUGAUUGUCGCGGACGGCGGGAAAAUCAUUGACAAGUUACUCGAGAAGACGGGUGAACCGUGGCGGGCGGAGCUGUGGUAUCAUCGUGCAGCGGCAGAGCUUUCAACGAGCGAGAUGUGGCAGCUGCAGGCCGAACGGUCCAUGUUCCAAACUCGGUAUUUGGAUCUGUGGAACGAGGCUGGGAUUGAUGCGAUCCUCUGUCCGACAAUGGCAUUCAACACGGUGGAAAAUGGGAAAUUCAGACAUUUGGGCUACACAGGUGUCUUCAACGUCCUGGAUUACCCCGCCGUCUCCUUCCCAACCGGCCUCGCCGUCGACAAAACAGUCGAUAAACCGGACCCGGCUUAUAUCCCCCUUGGACCAGACUGCGAGGCUAUAAAUACCGAAUAUAACGAACACCUGAUGCAUGGCAUGCCAAUCAGCCUGCAGCUUGUCGCUCGUCGUCUCGAGGAGGAAAGGCUUCUGGCUAUGUGUAGGCGGGUUUUGGAGGCAGUAGGGUAG